GGCGGAUUAACAUCACUUUGCAUCUCCGAGGAGGAGGAAACAAAAAUAUGCCAUUCCAUCGCACCUGACAAGUCACAUCGGCAUAUUCAGUCUGUGCUGAUCAGCUGCUGAUUGUGUUUCUCACUCUGGGCUUCUGCUUCCUGCCUGCCUGCCUGCCUGACUGCCUGCCUGACUGAUCGGGAGGGGAAAGCUGUCAGCAGUAAAAGAUAAAUGUUGUGACAUCAGCAACAGGUAGAGUCGCUUUCACAUACCUGCGCCUGCAACAACACCACAUUGUUCCCAGAGGAGAUACGGAAGUUGCCUGGUGAGGAGCUACUUGUCGGUUUCUACUUGCCUCAUGUCGACUGAUCUGACUGAGAGGAUCUGUGGAUGGUGACCGGAGCCUUUUACUGAUCCGGGAAGUCUCUGCUGCUGCUGCUGCUGCUGCUGCUUCUGCUGCUGCAUUCAGAUCAGUCAUCAUGCCCGUCCACAGGAGGCAGCCCAGUAUUGAACUGCUGGAGUUCAUGGGAGUGGUGAGAGAGCAUGGAAAUGAACUUCCUCCGCACACUCCGCUCUCAUAUGACUAUGUCCUGGUUGCCAAAACGAUCGAUGACCAGGAGAGAGCAGCUUUUAAAAAAGCAACUGAAUACAUUGAUGAGCUGAAAAAAAAGAACUUCAAAGUUACAAAAAUAAUAGAUGACGAUCUCGUCUUCUAUGGAAUUCAAGCACCUAAGGAAAUUUUGAGAAUUUGUGUGCUUGUGCAGAAAAAGAAACAGAGAGAGCUGAAGGAGAGCUGGGCACGAUGGACAGCCUGUCUCCAAGGGCAACCCAUAACUGCUGUCAGGAACUACUUUGGGGAGAAGGUGGCUUUGUACUACCUGUGGCUGGGCUGGUACACGUAUCUCCUCAUCCCGCCUGCUCUCAUAGGGAUCGUCGUUUUCCUCUAUGGCCUCUCCUUCUUCAGCACCUCACCACUCAUAAGGGAAGUGUGUGAGGCCGACACAGUCAUGUGUCCACUUUGUGAUAAGGGCUGCAAAGUGUGGCGGCUCUCCGACACCUGCUCAUACGCCAAGGUGAGCCUGCUGUUUGACAACAACGGCACAGUGCUCUUUGCGAUGUUCAUGGCAGUGUGGGCAACACUGUUUCUGGAGUUCUGGAAGAGACAUCGAGCUUCCUACGUGUGCGAAUGGAAAGUGUCCGAUUGGUGUGAGGAGGAGGAGGAACUGAUACUGGAAAUUGUGAACAAUGCCCACUGCGAGCCAAAAGAAUUUAGGCACUCAUAUCUGCGCAGCACUCUGGUCCUGAUCUGCGUCACAGUGAUGAUACUGGUGAUAAUCGGCCUCACACAUGCCUUGGUGGUGUUCAGGGUGAUCGCAGCAGGAUUUUUGGCGAAAGAAUCGUGGGAAUUUCUGAGCAAUCACUCCAACACCGGAGCAAUGAUGCUGGGGGCUGUAAUGCAUUACCUCAUCAUCACCGUCAUGACACGGGUCAACAGGAUUGUAGCCAUGAAGCUCUGUGGAAUAGAGAAAACCAGGUCCUUUGCUGCCACGGAGAAGAGCUUCACGGUCAAGAUGUUCACCUUCCAGUUCUUCACCUAUUUCUCCUCGCUCUUCUACGUGGCCUUUUUUCUUGGCAGGAUAAAUGGCCAUCCUGGUGAUUAUGUACGGAUUGCAGGAAAAUGGAGGCUUGAGGAAUGUCACCCCAGUGGAUGUCUCACUGAUCUGUUCAUCCAAAUGACUAUUAUCAUGGUGCUAAAGCAAACCAUCAGUAAUGUCUUUGAGUUCACCGGCCCCUGGUUCUGCAGGUUUUUAAAGAGAAGAAGAACCCAGAAGCUGCAGAGGAAAUGUGCCCACUGCUACCUGAAAGAUGAUUCAGAGGUCAAAAAUGGAUCCGAACUCUGUGAAAACUGCAAGCUUCGAGACUGGCACAGCAACUACCGUCUCAAUGAUGUGGAUUCUUUCAGCCUGUUCAAUGAGUUUCUGGAGAUGGUGAUCCAGUUCAGCUUCACCACCAUAUUUGUGGCAGCGUUUCCUCUUGCUCCUCUCUUGGCCCUCAUUAAUAAUGUCAUUGAGAUACGGUUGGAUGCCAUUAAGAUGGUCACUCUGGAGCGCAGAAUGGUUCCCAAGAAAACCAAUGAUAUUGGUGUGUGGAUGGACAUUUUGGAGGCUGUUGGUGUCUUAGCUGUCAUUGCAAAUGGGCUGGUCAUUGGUGUUUCCUCGGACUUCAUCCCUCGACUGGUGUAUCGUUACCACUAUGGGCCGUGUGCCAACGGGACAGCAACAGAUAUUGACUGCAUGGUUGGCUACAUCAACAACACUCUCUCCAUCGCACAGAUGAACGGCAAAAACAAUACGUUUCCAUCCACCCAGAUGAUCACUUCUACUGGCUUAAAUGUCACCUAUUGCAGCUACAAAGACUACAGGAGCAGCGAGGACUAUAGUUUAACCCCACAGUUCUGGCUAAUUUUAGCUGUGCGCUUUGCAUUUGUCAUCCUCUUUGAGCAUGUUCUCGUCAUAUGCAAAUUCAUUGCAGCCUGGUUUGUGCCAAGUGCUCCUAUGCAAGUGAAGAAUGACAGACUCUUUGAUAAACUCAAAAGACUAAAAGAGGAACUCAGGUCCUUUGAAGCGUGACAUCAUCCAGACACCUCGACGGGAUACAUUUUACCCUGAGAACAUAAACCCAGUGUUGCCUUGUGCAUUAAAGUGUCCAGACUACACAGUGUUGAGUCAACUUCCAGGCCAUUAAUCAUGUCUCUGAGGGGUUCAGAUGGAGGGCUGUGGCUCUCUUUUAUUGUUUGCCGUCAGAAGUUAAGUGCUGAUUAUCUGGAUUCUCAUCCAUAAAAUGGACUUUGAAGACAGACUCAUUUUUCUUGGAUGAAAAAAGUGUACAGUAACUGAUACUGCUGACCACGUCUUUCAUGAGAUUAUUCUUAUUCUGUAUUAAGAAUGCACUGAUAGCUUGCUGUUGGACUUCUAUAUUUGUGAGCCAUAUGUGAGUGUUUUAUUGAAAGCCUAAAGAUAAUUUAUAUUGCCACUGCAAAUAGAGUGCCGAUUGUGUUAUCAUAUUGCCUUAUAUUGUCAAAGAAAAGCGCUGUGAUGAUUGUUGCUUUAUUACAGACAGAAUCUGAUCAUGUCUUUUGUAGAUCAGACAGAAGAAUGUUUUGCAUUAUAAUAUUUUAUAUAAUUGAAUAAAACAGGAAACUUUUGUCCUGAUGAAACAUC